AUGGAAUACCCGAAUGCGGCGUGGCUGCAGCAGCACCAGAUCCCCGAUUUGCAGUCUGUCCCUCCAGACGGGCAGCAUGUUGUCAGCGACGAUUGGAAGAACUCGUCCUCCAGCGCGCAGACGGCAUCGGGUGCUGCGGCUGUUGCUCCUGCCAUCGACCUGAACGAGUUUGGGCUGGGGGAUCUGUCGGGGCCAUCGACAUCGUCUAGCUCGGUUUCGAAUUCGUCCAACGCAUUCUACCCGUUUGCACAGCACAGCAGCUACUACCUGCCUAGUGCACCCGGCCCCUACAAUGCGGUUCCAUACGGCACUCAGUGGUCUAGCCCCGCUCAGUUGCCACUCUCGAGCUAUUCCUCACUCAACGGUGCGACAAGUGUAACGCCGUCAUCGACUCAGCAAGGUAUGGGCCCAACGUCGUCCAAUAUGAUCAUCGACCCGGCGUUGACGACCGUGAAUGGCUUGGGCUCACCUCAUCUGCAAUAUCAGCAUUCCUCUUCGUUCCUUCCUUCGCAACCUCAAUCGCGACCUCAGUAUCAGCAGUAUCAGCACCAACCUACCUUGUCCAUUAAUCCUUCUUAUACACCGCAGCAACAACAGCAACAACCACCGCCACAGCAGCAUCAGCAUUCUCAGCAACUUCAGCAGGCCACUCUGUCUCCGCAUGUUCUAUUCACUCCCAGCAGCAGUAGCACGCUGACGGGCGCUCUACCGCCGUCGUCAUUCUAUCAGUCGAACGUGCCUGUUCCGUCGAAACCACCAGGGCCGACUCCUGAACAGCGCAGGAUCUCUUUUCUCACCUCGAUCAGGCCUUUGUUGUCGUCGACCUCGUUCACAGGUGCAGGUGCCGUUGUACAAUUGGUGGAUCACAUCGAUGAUUAUGGUCCAUUGGAUGUUGAGCCGCAAACACGGUUGGAAAUUCUGACGAAAAUGCGUGACAAUGCUCCCAAUCACUAUUUCCGUGCCUGGGUCGAGAACGAGGAUGCAAUGGAUAUCACUCGAGAAUGGCUUAAGUCCGCAUAUGCAGGGAAGAGUGAUGGCCAGAUGGUGGAGACCAUAAUGCCUUUGUUGCAUGUCAUUGAUCGAUUGCCACUGACGCUCGACAGCUUGAAGUCAUCGAAGCUGGGCAAGAUCAUUGUGCGACUAGUCAAGGAACCUCCUGCACCUGCAAUCAAGGAUAUGGCAUCGAAUUUAGAACGUAAAUGGCGACAGCUACUUGUCACUAGUCAUGAGGAGUCCAAACGAAUGGAUGUCGAUUCUGAUGACUCGAAGGGCAAAAAGCGCAAGGCGGACGCCCCCUCGUCGAAGUCGGCUCCUCCAACCAAAAAGGCCGCUGUAUCUACAUCGGGCACGUCGGCGAAGGCUGUAGCAGUCAAGAAAGAGGUGAAGACGGUCGUCAAAGAAGUGAAGGAUGCGAAGUCGGAUUCGUCGUUCUUUUCAGCCCCCAGGCCGAAGCCAAAGCUGCCCAGUUUCAAGAAAGCCCCGCCGGCACCAGUGAAGAAGGAACCGGACUUGAAUAUCGCGCAACCUUCGUCGAUCAACCCGUUUGAAGAGGCUCUGAAAUUGAUGGCCAGGGCCCGCAAGGAUUCUCCCGCAACGGCAACACCGCCACCUGCACCGGUCACCAGUACUCCUUCGAUCAGCGCUACUGCUUCUGGGAAACGGAAGAAGACGGUCACGUGGGCACCUGAGGGCAAGCUGGAAAUGGUCAAACUCAUUGAGCGUGCGGUCUACGAGGAUGAUCACACGGAUGGUAUGUUGCCGACGCACAACGUACGUGAUCUCGACCGAGACGAAGGCGCGGCAUUGCAUGCCCAUAUGUUUGAAGAGCAGAUUGAAUGGUUUGAACCAAUCCUCAUUGAAAUUCCAUCGGACAUCGAACUCCGCCCACGAGGAGAGGAAAGUCAAGAGAAGGCUGCGCAAGAGGAACGAGAACAAAGCGCGCUAGUCGCCAUUUACGUCUCACCGGCGCAGAUACCGGACAGUCCGGCAGAACCACCGACCCAGAUAUCAGAAGAACAGGUUGAUGAGGGAGUCAGAGUCAUGUUGACGGGUCCCGACGUCGAUGCUAUUUUCUGGAGUGGAGGCGAUCCAGCUGUGCUGGAGUCUCAGAAACACUCUGUAGCCGAGUUGGUGGGGCAGCUUGCAGCAGGCGCUACUGAUUUGCCAAUGGCGAAUGGGCAGCAGUUGGAUCCCAAGGCGUUUGGCCUCGAUACCAAUGUUAUGCAGGCAUUGCCAGGAUUCGCGAAUUUUAAUGCGGAACAAGUGCAACAGCUUAUGCAAGCUUUGGCUCAGACACAAGGCGGAAUGUUCCAGUCACAGGCCCCCGGACAGCCUUCGCAGAGCGGGGAUUGGAAUUCAGACCAAUAUCCGGACUAUGAUGAUCGGGAGUACUUAGAUCACGAAGAAGGUGGACGGGACCGCCGGUGGCCUGAAGACGGCUGGAGUGAACGUGGCGGAGGUCGUGGUCGACAUCGUGGCCGUGGCCGUGGUCGAGGCGAUGGCUUUAGAAAUAAUAAACGAAAGCCGUGCAGUUUCUUUGCAGCAGGAAGGCGAGCACCAAUAUGCCGAUACGGGGACCAAUGCGAUUUCAGCCAUGAGCCCAUAUACUGA